UGAAAACAAUAACAUGAGGGUGAAUUCGGGGUUAUUUAACAUCGUCUUUGAGUAGAUAACCCCGGUUAACACACAGGUUGUCAUUUGGAAACCCGUGUCGCUUUGUUUUCCUGUUUUAUAUCUGAAUAAAUUAACCGUCUGCGGUGCUGCGCGGUCAUGUUGCUCCACCGGACUGCGGCUCUCAGCUGCAGAAGUCUAUCCGCCCUGCGCUGCCUCCAGGCCGGCUACCCCACCUCCAGAACCACCGCUACAUACAUCCAGGGCCAGAGUCCCGAGCCUCGCAUCCGAGAAUACUUCUACUAUAUUGACCACCAAGGACAGCUGUUCCUAGAUGACACUAAAGUGAAGAACUUUGUCACCUGCUUUAAAGAUAAGAAGUUCCUGGUCUUCUUCUUCAGCCGUCUGCGUGUCAAUCAGAGCGGGCGUUACGAGGACUUCCCCUUCUUGUCCCUGUGUGGUAGAGAGAGGAACUUCAUGCGCUGCGAUGACCGACCUGUGGUCUUCACCCACCUGCUGCAGAACCACGAAGGACCGCAGGGCAUCAAGGGAGACCAGGAGCUGCUGUCGUAUUGCGGCGGAGCGGAGAAGCUGACCGCCCCGUUCCGUCCGGAGGCGCUUUACAUGCAUCCUGACAGCGGACGAGUGUAUCACCCCUGCUCAGAGCGAACAGGCAGCGUCGGCCUGGUCCGGUCGGCUCUGGCCAUCGAGCUCAGCCCGUUCUUUGUCUACGCUCCAGAGCAGAGCCAAUCAGGACAGCCGACACACUUACUGUGGGGAGGGAAGAAGCACAUGCUGACCAAUGAGCUGGCAGGAAGCUUCCCCCCAGCAGAGGAGGGCAGGAGGGAGGAGUGGGAUAAUCAAACAUAAUGACAGCAGGAAAAUACAACUACUGAUACUUGUGAUCACAGUGUGAUUGAUAUUGAUUGAAACCUGGACCAGUGUGUCCUCAUUUAGUUACAUGAGGAGUGAGAAGUGGAGUUUUCAUAUUUAACAUUUGAUCCAGGCUGUUGGAUUGGCUGAAUCUGUGCUGGUUCUCAACCAUGUUUUAGCCUUAGACCUCUCAAACAAAGCCCUCAUUUCUUUUCUUUAGAUUCCCGACAUUCAUUUGAGUCAUCUUUAAGCUCCUGAAGAGAUUAAACUAUUCACUAAGUCACAAAAAAAGGCAAAGAUUAGAUACAAAUCAGAAAUAUCUAAACUGUA